UGAUAAAAGGAAAUGUAGUCGUAAAAUUUCAGUGCAAUUAAGAACAUCAUCUGGGGCAGAAGCUUUUAUUAACCACACCAGAACCAUAAUGAGUGCUAUUGCAAUGGCUCUGCAAACGACGCUGGAUUUUGUGGAGAGUUUUCGCCUAGACAAACGUAUUACCACUCACCCAAUUUUUGGCAGCCCAUAUUUGAUGGUAGGAACUAUUGCCCUCUACUUUGUAAUGGUGCUCAAAGUGGGACCCAAAUUAAUGAAGAACCGCAAACCUUUUAAAUUGGAGCGUACAAUGCAGAUCUAUGAUGUGUUUCAAGUUGUACUCAAUUCAUACAUUUGCUGGAUAUCAUUGCGUGAUACCUACAUGAGACCUGAUUUCAGUUUGCUUUGCGAAAGCUAUGAUCCCAGCGAUGUAAGAAGUGUCACGCUGAAGUUACGUCUACCUUAUUUGCUGUAUUUGCUCUCAAAAUUUUUGGACCUCCUUGAUACGGCAUUUUUUGUGCUGAGAAAAAAAUAUAAUCAAAUAUCCUUGUUACAUGUGUAUCACCAUUCGAUAAUGAUAUUAGCUACAUAUACCUAUGGCUCACAAUUUUUUGCAUCACAUUACUCUGCAGUCGGUAUCCUCAACUCACUGGUCCAUGCUGUAAUGUACACCUACUACUUUGUAGCAUCGCUGAAGCUAAACAUCGACCUGUCAAAGUGGAAGAGGCGUGUGACCCAAAUGCAGUUGAUACAAUUUGCUCUAUUGGGCUAUCAUUUCAGUGUACCUUUAGUGCUGGGAAAUCCGUGCAACUUGAAUGUACCAUGGAUGUGGGUGGCAAUAGUCAACAACUUAUGCAUGGUUAUACUCUUUUCGAAUUUCUACUAUCAAUCCUAUAUUCGGAAGGCGAAAAAGAAGCUGUAAAUAAUAAAAUAGAAAAAUACGGUUCUGGGACUUGCAAAAUUUCUAAGAUAGCUCUCUGAAGUUUGAGUUAUAGUUAAAUUCGGUUGAAAAUCUAACAUUUCGAAAACUAAGGUUCCAAAAAUCUUUGAAAUAAUUAAAAUCGCCUUAAAAUUUUAUAUUUAAAUUUUCAGUUUUAUUAAAUUUAAAUAAAAUUAUAGUAUUGUGUUGUUAACAUUA